CCCCACCCCUCCCCCUUGGUGCUGCUGUGUCUGAAUGCCACGUAGCCUUCUAGCUAUUCCCCUUUGACUGGAGUGAGUGCACAGCUACUAGCUAUUCAACACCUCCCUCAACUUCUCUCAUGAGGAAGAGGUGGCUGAUGUGAGCGAAACUAUUAAUGAAUGGUCAUUUUAGCUAUGAUGGCAGACCAGCCACCUCCAUUAGAAGCCACACCUAUUUUGAAUGAAGUGCCACUUCUACCUCAUAUGGUCAAUGGGGACACCACGCAACAGGUUAUCCUUGUGCAAGUAAACCCAGGAGAGACUUUCACAAUUAGAACUGAAGAUGGACACAUUCAGUGUAUUCAAGGUCCAGCACAUGUUCCUAUGAUGUCACCAAACGGUUCUGUGCCUCCAAUAUUCGUGCCUCCUGGCUAUGUAUCUCAGGUGGUGGAAGAAAAUGGGGUUCGGAAGGUCAUAGUUAUGCCACAUUCUUCUGACUUCCACCCCUCCAUGCAUCCACCCCCUCCACACGUUCCCCAUUACAUGCACCCUCACCCUGCUUUGCUUCCCCACCCACCCCAUCCGGUGUAUCCCGCGGUUCCAGGGACAGGAGAAAUGCCUCCACAGUUCAUUCAUCAACACCCACCACCUCCAUCACCACAUCUCUAUCAAGAACCAGAGUCCCGAUCCCAUGGCAGAACAAAUUUUGUUCAGCGAGACGAAAGGACUCUCAAAAUGCAGGAACAUUUGAAGAAAAGGCUAAAAGACCGACAAGCCAGUGGACCUACGAAUAAUAAAGUGAACAGCCCUCCUUCUUCACCUCAUAAAGUUAACAAUAGCACCAAUGUUCAGAAUGGAUACAGAAAGGGACAGCAAGGGACAGGAGGGCAAAUAAAGCCGAAACAAAUAGGAAAAGCCAGGGGAAGCCCCAUCCCAUCAGCUGAUUCAGGAAUGGGAGAAUCUGACACAGAAUCUAGAAAACCUGAAGAGAUCUUAAGCUUCAAUAAGCCCACAAUCUCUGAAAUUCAACCAAGAUCAGCAGUCCUGUCUUGGAAUUCUCCAGUUGCAUCGCAAAAUGAAGAAACUCCUAAUCUCACUCCUGCAACGUUCACGUUCGAAGUGGCAGUCUCGAACAGCGGUAAAAACGGAAAAUUUAAAUCCGUUUAUGUUGGUGAAGAGACGACGUUUAUUCUUCCUGACCUCAGACCAGCAACGGAUUAUCACAUCAGAGUUUCAGCCUCAAGUAGUUCCACAAAGGAAACGGUUUCAGAGCUGGCUAGUUUUACUACAGAGAGCUGUGAACCAGACCCUCCAGCUGCACCGAAAGUGGUCAACAAAACCAAAAACAGCCUGAAUUUACAGUGGAAGUCCUCUAAUGACAAUGGCUCCAAAGUGACUAACUACCUUUUAGAAUGGGAUGAGGGGAAGAAUGAAGCAUUCAAGGAAUGUUACUAUGGUCAUCUAAAGCAACACAAAGUAACCAAGCUGAGCCCCUCUACGAAAUAUACAUUCAGGUUGGCGGCCAAAAAUGACAUCGGAAUGAGUGGGUUCAGUGAGACAUUGAUAUGUUACACAAUAGGAAUUGUCCCACCACCGCCUCUGCCCCCUCGGCUAACUGAAGCAGGGGUGACAUGGUUAUCGCUCAAAUGGAGCCCUCCGAGCGGAAUAUCUUCAGAUGACUCUCUGACCUACAUUUUAGAAAUGGAAGAGGAAGGUUCCGAUUAUGGCUUUCAAGCCGGGUACAAUGGAGAUGAACUUUCUUGCACUUUAGAAGAACUUAGGAGGAGUACUUCCUAUAAAUUUAGGGUGUUUGCUCAUAAUACUGAAGGAAAAAGUGCCCCCAGUGAGGUGGUAGAAUACAGCACAAGCCCCGACAGACCUGGACCUCCAAGUAAACCAACUGUAAAGGGGAAGAUUCAUUCACAUACUGUGAAAGUUACCUGGGAUCCACCAAAGGAUAAUGGAGGGUCGGACAUCUCUAUGUAUAUCCUAGAAAUUUCAGAAGGCUCAGCUGGCAAUAAAUGGGAAAGUGCCUACAGUGGUUCCAUGAGAGAACACGUAUGUGCUCAUCUCAAGCCUGGUACUUCCUACAGACUAAGGGUUUACUGCAUUGGUCGAGGGGGUCAGAGUCAGACUUCUGACAUACUCACUGUUCAAACAUCCGCAGUUCCUCCUGGGCCAUGCAGUUCUCCAUGUCUGGUGGGCAAAGCCAAGCCUAAGGAAAUCACUCUUCAGUGGGAACCUCCUUCCGUCGAUGGUGGCUCAGAGGUAACAGAGUACAUGGUGGAAAUAGCAAACUCUGACCAAGACGAACGCAGGCAGACUUACCGCGGCCAGGCGCCAGAGUGCACCGUGAACGGUCUCCUUCCUGGGAGAACAUACUGCUUCUGGAUACGAGCAGCCAACAAAGCGGGGCUUGGCCCUUACUCGGAAAAGGCAGAGAUUUCUACAGCUCCGGGCGCCCCAGACCCGUGCUGCGUCCCCCUGCUAACUUGUAAGACAGCUACGUGCGCAGUAGCCUCGUGGGAGAGUCCAGCAUGUAAUGGGGCAGAAGUUAGCGAAUACAGACUGGAGUGGGGCCAGGUGGAAGGAUCCAUGCAUAUAAUAUACUCUGGCCCUCUUCUGAGCUAUGAAGUGAAAGGGCUUACACCUGCCACCACGUAUUAUUGCAGAGUACAGGCUGUGAAUAUAGCUGGCGCUGGAUUGUUUGGGGAAAUUGGCAUGGUUACAACCCCAGCGUCCGUGCCAGCUGCGGUGGCAGUGUUGCACUUGCUUGAAGAAGACCAGAUGGAAGCCUCUCUCCCUCUCUCAACGUGCCUUGCUCUUCACUGGGAAGAGCCUUGUUGCCAUGGGGCAGAGGUCAUGGGCUACAGCAUAGAAUAUGGGGAAAAACAGCUCUUAGCCGUCAGCAGAGUUACAAGCCAUGUUCUAGAGAACUUGCAACCCGACACUUUAUACAGAAUCCGAAUCCAGGCCUUCAACUGUCUUGGAGCUGGUCCCUUCAGCCCUUCCAUUAAAGCGAAAACGAAGCCUUUACCUCCCGAUCCACCGCACCUGGAAUGUGUCGUCUUCAGUUACCAGAGCCUUAAACUGAAGUGGGGUGAAGGUCCUAGCAGGGCUUUGAUUGCCAACCCCACACAGUUCAACCUACAGAUGGAAGACAGGUUUGGCAGAUUCAUCACUGUCUACAGUGGGCCUUGUCACACAUACAAAGUACAGCGACUUAGCGAGUCCACAACAUACUACUUUAAAAUCCAAGCAUGCAACGAUGCCGGCGAAGGAGAGUUUUCUGAAGUUUACGCGUUCACCACAACCAAAUCUCCACCACCUGCUUUGAAAGCGCCCAAAGUCCAUCAGCUAGGAGAUAACGUCUGUGAGAUCACAUGGGAGCCUUUACAGCCAAUGAAAGGCGAUGCCAUCGUUUACAUUUUACAACUUGCCAGUGGGAGGGAAGUUGAUCAGGUAUACAAGGGACCAGAGACUUCAUUCCGCGUCACCAACGUGCAGACAAACUGUGAAUAUCGAUUCAGGGUGUGUGCUGGCCGGCAGUAUCAGGACUCCACUGGAUCUCAAGAACUGUAUGGACCGUACAGCCCUAGCACAGCAUUCUCAUCUCAGAAACAGGAGCUCGUCCCACAGUGCGCAGACGCCAGCCCCGACCUCACGAAAAGCAGGAGGAAGGCGUUCAGCGACGAACAAUUUGCGUUUCUGCUCCUCGUUGUCUUUGCAACGGUUGCCAUCCUGUUUGCCGUUAUCAUACAGUACUUUGUGAUCAAGUAAGCGGGCGACCUUAAGCAUUGAGCUUCAUUACUCAGCUUAUUAUUUUUUCAUACAGAAGUUUAUGCCUUUGGUAUUUAUGUAAAUUCCAAUUAAAUUGCUAGCUGGGAAUGAAUGUAUAAGACAGACAUUUCCAUUUUUGCUGCUGACUAACAGCGAGGCUGGUUAGGCAGAAACCUCCCCUCUCCAUCCCCCACCCCCCAACGACCCUACCUCCAGGUAUGGGAGAAGGUGGGGAGUAGAGAGGAAAUGAAGAGAAGAAAAUCCCUAUUAUAGCACGGUCGUGCAUCUUCUAAUCAGGGUUAGCUGUUUAAAACAGCCAAAAAAAAAAAAAGCUGCCUUAACACACUCUUGUGAUUCUCAGAGAGCUUGACUUAAUUCUCACGGUAAGAUCUUUAAUUUUCAAGUAGAGCAAAGCAAAGGGUGCGGGAAAAUCUGCCGGCUUCAACCCAAGCCUUGGCACGCGUGAGAUCCAGCAGCAAAGAUGCUUAAGCUUAGAACAGUACUGUAUUAAUUACCGAACAUUGCUAGAGCAUACCACAUUUGAUAUAUACUGUAGACAAAAAAUGAAACCAAAACAUUAUCGAUUUUGACUUUCGCGAUAGCGCUACGCUACUCUUAUUUUUCCAGUUGUUUUAAUCGUUGGGAUUCCAAUAGUUUAAUAUCACUUUUAGAGCCAAGGGUAGCAGGAGGCAAUCCUGUAGAGUUUUUCUCGAAAGCGCGCGAGGCACCGAAAACGUCUACCUGCAGAGGGAUAUUUGCAUUGGUAUGUAACGUGGCAAAAUGCACCCCCUUCUAUACUGGACAUUUCUGAAUGAAAUGCUUUCUGUCGUUGGUAAAUAACUGUUGGCCCAACCCAGGGUUCACUCUCCGUGCCUGAGAGAACAGUAACGCCCUGUGCUUCUGACUGAAACCGCUGCGUUUUUUUCAGAGGAAAAAGCACAGACAUGUUUUUGUCUUUAAUGAGAACAAAAAGUGCAUUUAUGAUAAAUGUUUCACUAUUUGGCUCAAACUGAGCAAAUGUUUUUGUACUAUUCUUAACAUGAAAUUUAAAAAAAAUCAAACUGUGGUUUGUUUUUUCAUUUUUCCUUUCUUGGGAUGCCCUUCUAAUGUAAACCAACUGAUCAAGUCACCCGUGAAAAUGAAUUUUCUUCUCAAAAUUUAGAUAUGAGUUUUAAAGGAAUUGCUGCCUUUGGUAGCGGUUUCAUAUUCCAUUGUUUUUGUGGUUCACGUCUUUUCUGUUUCGUGAUGAAAAUCUUCAGUGACAGGUCUGGCUGUGGGUGGGAUAGUGGGUUUUUUUUGGGGGGGGGUGAAUAUCAUGCACUACAUAGGACUGUUUUUUGUCAAGCCUCUGCAGCAGGUACCUGUGAAGUAAAAGUAAUUAAAUGUUGUCUUUAGAUUCAUGCUCUUUUGAAAGCUGGAAAAAACCACCCAUUUCGUUUUCAAAGGAAGAAAUUCAAAUUCAAGGGCCAUGCAUUUUGUUAGGUCUUGCAUACUGGUAGGGACUGAACAGCUAUACUUUAUGAAACAUCUAAACACUUGCACUUGUAUGUGAGACAGUGGAUGUAAUGUGUAGUUCAUUUUAGCUUGAGACAUGUCUGUUUCAGAUGAUACAACAUCAUAAAAUGUUUCUCAACCGGCUGUUAGUUCAUAAUGAUAGCUUAUGGUUUGUAGCGUUGUGUUUGCAUUUCACACCUGGGGGGAAAAUACACACACAGACAUUGAUGACAUAUCACUUAACUAUCUUAAAAGUAGAUUUUAUGGUGCAAUCUGAAAUUAACCUUUUUUUCAAAAAUGUACUCUCCUUUUUUGUGAUCUAUUUAUUUUGAUUUUAAAAAAAAAUUCUGGAAAAUGUAUGUUUGAAUGUAUUGUUCUACUUGUAGCAGAACUUUUAAGUUAAUCAUUUAUUGUAAUGGAAGCCCUUCUUCAGUGUUGGAAAGAGUUUUAUACAAAUGUUAGUGUCCUUAGUUUGCAGGAACGUUUACAGCCUGUUCUCCUUCAUUUUCCUUUCAUACUUCACUUUUUUAUAAAACAAUAGAUGGUCUUCAGCAGAUUUCUGUUGCCAAAGCAUGUGUUUUUGUUAAACGCUAACAAAAAUGGUUCGCGGGGACGGGAUUUCAUUGAAUUGGCAAUAGUAUGUCACAUACAUUUUUUAAAUUAGUUUUUUUCUGAAUAAAUACUAACCAAAAUUGUGACUUCCUAGAAAGUUAAAGUUUAAUUUUUAUUUGUAAUUGCCACAAACUGUUUAUAUUUCCAGAAUGUUUACUGGAAAGCAUAAUGUAGAAUUUUAUAUUUACAACUAUACAUUCCAGAUUGAUGUACUCUAGUGGCAUUAAUGUAUUAGAUCUCCUUUUCUCUUGUAUUGUAAUUUUUGCUGUAUUUCAUACUUAUGUUAAACCUGCCAGGCAUUGUAUUACUAAAUUGUAACUAUCAAAUAGAUAAUAUAUUUAAUAUGGCCAAUAAAAAUAUAAAAUUGUUCACAUGA